AUGAAGGUUACUCGAAAGCGCUCCAACUUCAAACCAGGCAGGGGCCACGGACGCGGCGGCUCCGGGCGAGGGAGGAUGCCUGAUCCCUAUCAAGCGAUAGCGGCGCUUAUGGGAAUGAUGGCGGGAGGCGCCGCCGCCUCAUCAGGAAGAGGUUCUUUUCAUCGCGGAGGACAUGGAAGAGGCCGUGGAGGUGGUGGAGGUGGUGGAGGUGGUGGAGGCUUUCAACCAUUUUAGAUAUAUAUAUAUAUAUAUAUAUAUAUUUAGAUUGAUAAUGCAUUAAGUGAAAGACAAGUAUUCAAAAAGGAGAAAAAUUGUACCCAUCACGCAAUGGAGAACUCAUUCCAAGGUAUAUCUUGACUUAUGAUAACGUCUGGGUAUCAUGUCAUCAUUGUCUUCAUAGGUGCUUUGGUUUGGAAUAGUGAGGCUUAAGAAAGAACUCGUAAGGUCGGUAAAGCAGUAUGCAUAUUCACGUAUCAGUUGUUUCUAUUUCAGUAAAAAAGCAGAAAAUUAAUUCAGAGGAAGCACAUAUAUAGAUAUAUGUUUAUAUUCAUAUGCAUUGAAGAGGUUUGUUGUUAUCUAAAUUGUACCCAAUAUGUUGAAUAAAAAAAGAGAAGUUAUAGGAAUGUAUGGGUGGUGUCAAGAUUUCUACCUCUUGUUGAGUCACAUUUGUAUUUCUUCAUUAUCUUUUCCCCCUCUUCCUUCUUGUAAUGUUUUCAAUGUACCUCCACCCUAAAGCGAGAAUAGUGAUAACGGCGGAGAAGGCGAAA